CUGCCCUCCGCUUUUGCUCCGCCCCUUCUGCUUGCGAUCUGUUUCCGCUUCCGUUCCUGCAGUUCCGGCUCUGCCGUGAAGAGCUUUGCAUUGUGGGAACUCUUUCCUUUCUCGUUCCCCGGCCAUCUUAGCGGCUGCUGUUGGUUGGGGGCCGUCCCGCACCUAAGGCAGGAAGAUGGUGGCCGCAAAGAAGACGAAAAAGUCGCUGGAGUCGAUCAACUCUAGGCUCCAACUCGUUAUGAAAAGUGGGAAGUACGUCCUGGGGUACAAGCAGACUCUGAAGAUGAUCAGACAAGGCAAAGCGAAAUUGGUCAUUCUCGCUAACAACUGCCCAGCUUUGAGGAAAUCUGAAAUAGAGUACUAUGCAAUGUUGGCUAAAACUGGUGUCCAUCACUACAGUGGCAAUAAUAUUGAACUGGGCACAGCAUGCGGAAAAUACUACAGAGUGUGCACACUGGCUAUCAUUGAUCCAGGUGACUCCGACAUCAUUAGAAGCAUGCCAGAACAGACUGGUGAAAAGUAAACCAUGCAAAUUUUUCCUUUAAUAAAAUUUGCUUGUUUUAAAAACA